GGAAGAUCUCUGUCAUGUAACUCCACCAGCUCUCUUGCUCAGUAUCUAGAAAAUGUAUUUUCUCACAGUUCUGCUGUUUUCCUACCCUCAAAUGUCUCAGCAGAUACAGAAAACUACUGCAAAUGGCAAAGAGAUGCUGUCCAAUCCCAAGCUUGUACUGGUUCAGGGGGCUUUGAACGUGGUGAUGAAACAGAAUGUGACCCUCUCCUGCCUCUCUGAGUCUGCAUCUCCACCUGUCAGAUACACACUGUUUAAGCACAACCAGCAGGUAUCUGCUUUAAACAGGUCAGACUUGACCCCCGCACUGUUCACCCUGACCAUCAACUCUGCCAGCGACGUGGGGGAAUACAAGUGCAAAGCUGAGUACAUCAUCUCCAGUGGUGGAAAAUACAGCAACAGCCUCAUCUUCACCCUUAUAGAGCCAAUUUCCAAACCAGUGCUGAGCUCACCCACCUCUCAGGCAAAGAAAGGCCAGAACGUGACCCUGUCCUGUCUCUCGGAGAAUGGAUCUCUUCCCAUCUCAUAUCUAUUCUUCAAAGGAUCACAAAACAUUUCUCCCCAAAAGACAAUGCAGAAGAGGGAAGCAGCUGUGAUUUUUCUGUUUAUUGAUUCCCUUAGUGACUACGGAACGUAUAAAUGCAAAGCUAGUAACAGUUUUCCCAAUAACGCAAAAUACAGCAAUGGUUUCAACUUUACAUUAGCAGAAGAGAGAAGCCAUUCUCAGCCCCUGAUAAUUUCUCUUGGGCUAACCCUGCUACUACUCAUAGUAGGAUUUGCUCUCGCAAUCCCAUUUUUCAUAAUUCCUUUGUAUAAAGCAAAAAAAUUUAAGUCUACCAGGCCCUCAACUAGCUUUACUUCAACAGUGAAUGCAGAGGAGUCUGAAAAUGAAGUCAUAUACACAGAGAUAGAGCCUGUUAAACCAGAAGAAGAAUACAUCAACUUUUCUGUUAUUAGAAGAGAAGAGGAAAAAGCAGCGAUGAGGGCAUGUUCCACAGUCUAUUCAAAAGUCCUCAUCAGAGACUGCGUACCAGGUAUGACUUUUUUGUGACUAACUUAAUCAUAUUUUUAAAGAAUUUUUCAGCCCUCAAAUGUGCUAAGUCCCAGCAAGCUGCACAGAAAGCAAUGAUGUUUAGAUACCAAUUUCCUGGCCUAAGCAGUUCAUAGACAGACAACGUAGCUCACUUUCUACUAGAAAAUAAAAUCUUUGAGCCGUAAUAUCUAAGGACUUCAACUUAGGAGAAAAAGCAGAACAGAUAAAACAUAGAAUUACAUGUAAAGCUUUCAUGCAGAUCUAAGUUUCUGAAUUUAACAAUUCUGCUAACGUAGAAACUGGAUUGUGUGCACACAUAAGAUAAUCAAAAGGCUUUUGUCCAGUGUAAUGAAAAAAGAAAAAAAUCCCUCUUAGGCACUAGAAGAUCUGUAUUUGGCUUCUAUGUAACUGCAAGGAUGGCAAUUACUCAGUUCAACAGUACUGCAGCUCUCAGAGUAAGGAUAUGUUGCUAAAAUUAAGUUUUGGGACGGUUAACUUCAAAAUAAAUUCUGUAUCCUGCUACAGGCUGUUUCUCAGAUGUUGCUGGGUUGUUUUAAUAUCAUUCCAUAGCCCCCUUAUUUAGAAUUCUAUGAGUUCAGUAAGAACACACUAUGCUAAUCUUGAUUAUAUCUAGCAUACAUAUUCCAUACAGCAAUUAUUAUUGUUGUUACAAAUUACUCAUUUAUAGUUAAGUGAGCACCAUGUUAAUAGAAGACUUUAAGGCAAGUUCUUGUGU